CGUUUCUCUGGGUCGGACGGGCCAAGGGCUCCCUGCCCCUUUCUUAAGCGACAACUUUUUGAGCAAACCACAAGGCGGAGGGAGAGUGCCCGAGGGAGGGGUUUGUCCUGGGGACAGAGAGGAGGAAGUAAGGCACGAGAGAGCUGAGGCGGGGGCGUUCUGCACAGGAGGCGGGGAGGGGCCGGGGGAGGGACGCUGCUUCGUUGUUUUUUUGCUCCUCCGCAUCCCCGCUCCGGACUCUAUAUCCGGGAAGAAGAGGACCUGCUGCAACCCUCCCGCCCCCCUCCCCAGCAGCCUGAGCCCGGAACUGCUGCCCGUCCGCGGCUCCCGGCAGUGCCAGGAAGGGGCAGAGCGUUGCAAGAACUUACAGCUCUCUCGUCUGCCCGCGGCUGGUUUAAUCGCUUGCAAUGAGGAUCCGUCUGGCCAGAAGAUGGACUUGGCUUGGCAGAAGCUGCCUGUUGCUUGGCCUCUUGAUGGUUGCCUACUUCGUAGUGGAGCUGUCUGUUUCUACCUUCCAUGCCUCCUCCACCGGAGGCAGCGUCACCAAUGGGAGAUGGGAGAGGCACUUUUCUAAUAGAGCAGAAAAAGCAGAGGAUUUGGCUCGUCCAGUUUAUGAAAAAUCCCCCCCUGAUUCUUCUGCGCCAGGAGAAUGGGGUAAGGCCGCUCGUCCACAAUUGACUCCCGAGGAAAAGAAACUUGAAGAAGAGCUGAUUGAAAAAUAUGCAAUUAAUAUUUAUUUGAGUGACAAAAUAUCUCUACAUCGUCACAUACAGGACAAUCGAAUGUAUGAAUGUAAAGCCAAAUCUUACAACUAUAGAAAACUUCCAACUACAUCCGUUAUAAUUGCUUUCUAUAAUGAAGCUUGGUCAACCUUACUGCGGACAGUUCACAGCGUUCUUGAAACAUCUCCUGCAGUACUUCUAAAAGAAAUUAUACUAGUGGAUGACUUGAGCGAUAAAAUAUAUCUGAAGGCUGAACUUGAAAAGUACAUUAGUAACCUGAAAAGAGUUCGUUUGAUAAGAACCAGCAAACGAGAAGGACUGGUUCGUGCACGCUUAAUUGGAGCUACCUUUGCUACUGGUGAUGUCCUCACAUUCCUAGACUGUCAUUGUGAGUGUAACUCUGGUUGGCUGGAACCACUUUUAGAGAGGAUUGCUGAGAAUGAGACUGUGAUCAUUUGUCCUGUUAUAGAUACCAUUGAUUGGAAUACAUUUGAAUUCUACAUGCAGACGGGUGAGCCCAUGAUUGGGGGAUUUGACUGGCGAUUGACAUUUCAGUGGCAUUCUGUGCCUGAACAUGAACGUCAAAGAUGGAAAUCUAAAACUGACCCAAUUAGAUCCCCAACUAUGGCUGGUGGGCUAUUUGCAGUUAGUAAGAAGUAUUUUGAGUAUCUUGGUACAUAUGACACAGGGAUGGAUGUCUGGGGUGGGGAGAAUUUAGAACUAUCAUUCAGGGUGUGGCAAUGUGGCGGCACCUUGGAGAUCCAUCCUUGUUCCCAUGUAGGCCACGUGUUUCCAAAGCGGGCUCCAUAUGCGAGGCCAAAUUUCCUUCAGAACACUGCACGUGCUGCCGAAGUGUGGAUGGAUGAAUAUAAAGAACAUUUUUACAAUAGAAAUCCUCCAGCAAGAAAAGAAAAUUAUGGUGAUAUUUCUGAAAGAAAACUAGUAAGAGAGCGUUUGAAAUGUAAGAGUUUUGACUGGUAUUUGAAAAAUAUUUUUUCCAACUUACAUGUACCAGAGGAUCGUCCAGGCUGGCAUGGAGCUAUCCACAGUAUGGGAAUAUCAUCAGAAUGUCUCGAUUACAAUUCACCUGAACAUAAUCCUACUGGGACUUACGUGUCUCUCUUUGGAUGUCAUGGUCAAGGAGGCAAUCAGUUCUUUGAAUAUACAUCGAGUAAAGAAAUUAGGUUUAACUCUGUGACUGAACUAUGUGCUGAAGUCCCUGAACAAAAGGAUUUAAUUGGCAUGAGGAACUGCCCAAAAGAUAGAUCCCCUAUCCCAGAAAAUAUCAUAUGGCAUUUUAAAGAGGAUGGGACUAUUUAUCAUCCUCAUUCAGGAAAGUGCCUUAGUGCUUAUCGUACUUCUGAGGGUCGGCCUGAUGUGCAAAUGAGGACUUGUAAUGCUGCAGAUAAAAAUCAAAUUUGGAAGUUUGAGAAAUAAAAUAGCCACUGAUGAUAGUUAUUACCUGAAGAACUUCAGAGUAAAUUUAGUGGCUGGCUAUGCUUUGAUACGUGGAUGUCCUCUGAGAGCCUUCCCUAUAGUAGUUUAGGAACUGAAUCUCUUAUGCUGAAGUGUACGAAAGUGGGUUGGCAAAUACUGGGAAUUAAUAUUUAAAAGUGCCUUUUCAUACUGACUUAAGGUUUUUAUUUUUGUAGAGUUUUGAUUCAUUAAAUUCACAGAAUAAAUAAUACGGUAGUACAUGGCUGAGUUAACAUUGGUGUGGGAAGUCGAACCUUAAUCCUUAGUACGUUGUAUAAUCAUCCAGGUGUUUACUUUAUUGGAGAUCUGCCAACUCCUAAGGGUGUUGAAGAGGUCAUAUUAUUUUGAAAGGAAUGAAAGUUUCUAUUUUCUAACUACUUGGAAGACGGGAAACAUUAGGACUGGUCGUGCUUCAUUCCCUAAUUCAUAUCCCUCUCCACACGUGAACACCUCUUCAGUCUUGCCCUAGUUCCUGAAAGCAACCUGGUUCUUCAACACCUCCUUCCUCCUCUUCCCCCCCCUCCCCCCCAAUGCUAGAGGUAGUGAGGUAGUGGAACUAGGAAGAUGGGCUAGCAGUAUGAGAAUGUUGGCCAGGUGGAGGUUGGGGGUGGGAGACUAUAGAGUGUGUGUGGUGCAUUUAUCUUGAGUGUGAGAGAGAAAAGGAUGGGUGUCAUGUUGACAUCUGUUUCUCAUCUUUGAAUUCUCAGAACUAGUAUGCACAUCCUGAGUGCUCUAAGCAUUAGCUAGUACUCAAUUUCUGGACACUUGUUUAUAUUCUCAACACUACCAUUAUGUUUACAUAAUCUUUUGCAUUCUUUCUCGUGUUGUGUUUUAUUUUUUUGUUUUUAAAUAUAUGUAAUAUUUUAUAUACCAGUAUGUUAGGAGGUUAAGGAAAGAGGUGCUUGUGUAGGUCUUUUCAUAAUGAUAUUAAGGCGGUGGUUCUCCACCUAUUUACUGUUGCGGGCUGCAUAUGCAGCUCUCUAUGUGUUAUGUAGGCCACAUUCACUCAAUAUGUAUACGGCCUGUGUGGCCCUGAGGAUGUCACGUGGGCUGCAGCUGUGUGCUGAUUGGUCCGCAAGCGACCUGCAGUUUGAGAACCAUUGCAUUAAGGUGUUUCUUUAAAUAUGUGAUCCUAGAUAGGAUGUUCAAAUAAAGUUUCUUAGGUGUGUGAUCAUUGGAUUGCAUAUUCUAGAAAAAGUACAAUGCCAGUACCAAGCGUGUUGGGGCCUCUGCAUGAUUCUUUGAGGCAUUGGCUUAAGCUUUGGCAAAUCCAGGGUUGGUUUUUUUUUUUUUCUUUUUCUUUUUCCUGUAUUCAUCUUGUGCUGUUUAUCAGUAGCCACCAGAUACCAAAACUUGAUCUUGGACUGACAGCUCUUACCUUCAGAUAGUCACAAAUUAAUGACAGGAAGUGAGCAAUACAAAUCUGGGGAAGGUCUAGUGGGAUAUAGUAGGUGGUGUUGGUUCAUUACAGCCAGGGCUAGGCAGAAGGGAAAGGAGAUGGCUAUUUGGAGGGAGAAAGUGGGGUCGUAAAAGGGCUAGGGACUUUCUAGCAAUAAUGAGGCAAGAGGGAAAAGGGUGUGUGUUCAGGGGUAUUUCUAAGGACUUUUGAAGGAUUGGAGGGAAAGAAGUGGCCAGCAAGUUGAGGCAAGAGUCUCUGGGGCUGGGCUGAAAGAGGGACUAGAUGAGGAAGAUUCUGGAUUAGUAGUGUAGUGCAGGGCCAUACUAAAAAUGAUUGCCACUAUGUGGCACUGGGCAUUAUAAGUCUCUCUGUAAUUUAUUUUAAAAUGACUAAUUUGAAGUCUGAUUUGUAUAAAUUGGUACAGAAUAAGGGAAUUGUAACAUUAUAUUGAUCAGCAAGGCACUCCUUGGCACAUUCAUCAAACCUGGUGUGCCAAGGAAUACCUCUGCAUUCCUUUGUAGACCUACUCCUUUGAGAGACUACAGCCCAUGACAUUCUGAAAGAGCAAGCUGUAUAUGGUCACAUGUAUUUGUGAAAGCCUUACCAUAAAUAAAUUUGUUUCAGCAUGCACACUUCCAAAUGGAUUCAUGCUUGCAUACGCAUCUACCUUGUAUGCCAUGCAUACUUAUUUAGUGAGGGAAAUGAAGUACUGUGCGUGCAGACUAUGCAAUUUUUAUUCAAUUCUAACAUUUAUUAUUUUUUUAAAACCUAGAAAAUAUUGUGCUCCUCUUGGAGGACUAUUUUAUGAAUUGGAAGUUUAAAAAUAAGUUGUUGAGCUAUCUGAGCAGAAAAUAAGAAUGAACAAGUUUCUUAAAUGUUACACUUUUUUCAAUGCACUUAUAACUGACAAACAAUUCAAGAGAAUUUUCUUAUCCCAUAUUUCAGGUUUUUUAAACAGAAAAAUAAGACUAAGAAUGCAACAUUUCUGUCCAAUCGGAGCAAUUUUUAUAAUAUUAUAAAUAUCUAAUAGGAACUUGGAAAUGGCAAUCUCAACCAUAACUGAAGCAUUGCUACUGUAAUCUUUUAAUUCUGUGUACAGAUUUCUGGAAAAUCUGAUACUCUGAGAAACAAAGGUAUAAAUAUAUCUAUUUUUAAUUCUAUCAUAGUUUUAUGAGAAUUUUGGGGGAAAUAAAAUUACUGUAUGUGGAUUUUAAACUACUGAUUUUAAAUGACAAAAGAAACUAUGUAAACUUAACAUUGAUUAAAUGUAAUUUUUUUUUAAAAACAGUAAUAAAAAUUAUUAUUGAACGU